AUGGCUGGUAACAAGCAGCAGGUUGUCCACUGGAAUGAAGGCAGCGGACCCGCCGUGGCCAUAACUGGUGUGGCGUGGCCCCGCCGGUGGCCACGACGGGCGCUGGCCAGAAGUGAGAAUCCCAACAGAAAUUCAGAGCUCGUGAUAUGCAGAGAUGCGCGUGGCUCACAGGUCAGGCGUUUGCCGGCAACAGAUAUUACCCUACUUGUCAAAUACACUAAAGUAGAGGUAUCUCUGUCCAGAAUAGGGAGAGAGAAGGUGUUUUGUGGACACAGAAGAAUUGCCAGUUACUAUUAUCGCCUGUGUAGCUUCCUGAAACGACACCAGGAAACAGAACACAUUUCAUUCAGUGUAGCCCUCUCUGUGUCUGCACAUGCGGCACGGUGGGUCCAUGAGAGUUUGAAGCUUAAGAUAAUGUUAUUUGGUCAUAGGCCCUACAUUAGAUUUUCCACGUCUCCUGGUGCUGGUGACGGCGGCCUGCCUCGCGCACGCCCUGCCCUUCCCCGACCACCCUCCCGCGGGCGGCGGCUUCCAGCCCGUGCACGGAUCGCGAGGCUCAGGGCCCGCCUCUGGCUACGGCGCCCCCCCUCCCCGUCCCCGGCUACGGCGCCCCGGGGCCCGCAGGAAGCACCCCCGACCAAGACCAUCUACGUGAACGUCCCUCACCCCGAGCCCCCGAAGCCGCUGCCCCCCGUGGCCGCCGGACCCCCGCGCAAGCACUACAAGAUCGUGUUCAUCCGCGCGCCCCCUCCCCCGCCGGCGCCUCAGCCCAUCCUGCCGCCGCGCACUGAGCAGAAGACGGUGAUCUACGUGCUGCACCAGAGGCCCGAGGUGCAAGAGCAACAGGUCAUCCAGGUCCCAAGCGUCAAGCACAACCCAGAGGUGUUCUUCGUGCAGUACGACAAUCCGCCAACGGCCGAGGAACUCCAGCAGCUGUCUGCGGGCGACCUGAGUGGGUUCACUGUGAGCUCCCAGUCUGCGGGCGGCGGAUACGGGGGCGGGGACUCUCUCGCCCUGGGCUCGGCUCGAGAGGACCACACCGCUGUUCUGGCCGACGUCCCUGACGCAGGUGUCCCGCUGCCACUGGGCGGAGGCGGAGUGUCCGUGCCAGGCCUCUCCGGAGGCGGCAUCCCGAGCGAUGCUGUUCGGAUAGGCGGUCCCAGCGGAGGCAGCGGCUUGCAGAUCCUGAACAGCGUCCGGUCAAGCGCAGCAGCUGAUGAUAUCCUCGGCCUCGGUUCCCUCGAAUCGGCGCAGAGAACCUGAGCCUCUGCCUGCACCCCCUGUCUCUAGUCUUUCCCUCCACGGCGGCGUCGUCUGUGUCUCGGUGCCUCACCCGUCGCCUCGUAGCAGCCGCACUGUGACUGGCCCUCGACAAUGGAUGGAAAAAAUCAUUCGUGAAGUAAAAUCUUGUUUCAAAAGGACUUCCGGCUUCUGUGACUUCACGUAGUGAGGAGGACAAAGCGACUUGCUCACUGGGGAUGGUCACUGGAGAUCCUUCGCCAUCCUGUGGAGAACGGCAAUUGUUUGACUUAUCCUUCAUGGACAGUUUCACCUCCCGGGAGGACUUCAACUCCGCUCAUGUCCUCCUUUUAUGAAGGGCGUGACUGCAACAUUCUGGCGCCGGUCCGCCCGGGGUACAGGAUGAAGGGUCGCGCUAUUUAAGUUAUUGUGUUCCUGUCUGGAUCUGAUUGUGAACACCUGUAAAUAAAACCCUCUUUUACGUCAACGAGAUUCUGUCCGUGUUGGACAUUCAUUGUCUGAUGGAUACCUCGGCUAUUCACCUUUGAUGUCCUCCUCGACCACAAUCUGUUCACGUUUUUUUAUAUUUUAUAAAUGUACCUAUUCCGUGUUCGACAUUGUUUCUUUGUUGAUUGUCGACAUAAAUUUUGUAUUAAUAGUAUUUCUCCAACUCGACAUUCCUUCCCCUGAAAAGGAAAUAUUUUAUUAACUUUUUUGUUUAUACCAGUUGUUGUCUGUUCAUGAAUGACCUAGAAUCAAGUGCACCUCCUCCUCCUCCUCCUCCUCCUCCUCUUCCGUCUCCCCCUCUCUUUCUCCGGCUCUCCUUCAGCCACGUGGCCAAAACCGGUUUAAAACCAAACCACUUUUUUCCCUCGCUGGCAUGCCCAGGUGCCAGACCCGAAGCUUUCUCCCGACUUUCUCUUGGCUCUGUACCACUGGUAAAAGGUCCUUCUUUGUUUCAUGAGGAAACUCAGUUUGUCUUUAUGAUUAAGUUUUCUUUUUAUACUAAGGGAAAUAUAUGCUCUUAGGCCUUAUGGCAAGGCAAAGUAGGCUAGAAGCCCAUCCACGGCAGUAUGUAAUAUCUCAGGAAGGUGAUUCAAAAGAAAAAAAAGUAUUUAGACAAAUAUUAUAUAGACACAGAUAUAUAUAUGACUAUAUAAAAAAGCGUCAUAGAACACCUUACUAGCGAUGGAAAAAUAGUGAUGUCAGAAAGCAAGAAAUUUCUGCCCCAACCAGAUUGUUGGGGACAGCCGCGUCAAAACCCCAAAUCGACGUGAUUGGAAGCUAGCUAAUCACUCUGAUCGACGAUUGGAUUAAUUUGAUACUUCAGGAGUUCGAGGAAUCACUGCUAUUGACACCAUUAUUCUGCUAUCCAGUCGACAUAGCUUUAAGAUCGAGAUUAGGCUCCUAGUUCAUUUCUAAUGUGUAACGAAUUGCAAUAAAGACUGAGAACUGGA